AUGCGCAACAAACGAGCCAGUGGCCCAUCUCCAGACGCUGACAAGUUUCAGAACGAAGCAGUGAUCUUGGAGGAUGUACCGUCUGAUGGCGCCCCGCGCAAAGACGUGGAUGUUGCGGCCCAAUUCCUGGCCACGUUGGACACCUCUGUCGCCCAAGAGCCCGUCUCGCCUCAAGAGGAACGACGGCUGCUUUGGAAGAUUGAUCUGACGAUUUUACCGCUGAUCCUAGUCACCGUUGUCCUUGCGGCCAUUGACAAAGUGAUCAUCUCCAAUGCGGCGAUCUACGGCAUGUCGGAAGAUACCAAUUUGGUGGGAAAUCAGUUCUCCUGGGUCGGCUCGCUCUUCUACUUUGGCUACCUGGUGGCCGAGUACCCUGCAGCCGUCCUCAUCCAGCGCCUCCCCCUCGCAAGGUUCUUCGCCAUCACCAUCAUGGGGUGGGCGGUCAUGAUGUUGUGCACUGCUGCCACCAACAAUUUCGGUUCCUUAGCCGCCGUCCGAUUUCUCAUGGGUAUGAUGGAGGCCUUUGUCUUCCCCGUGUCAAGCAUCAUGACGGUCAUGUGGUGGCGAAAGAGGGAGCAGCCAAUUCGCGUGGCUUUCUGGUUCAAUUCGCUUUCCACCGUCUUCUCCGGGAUUGUGAGUUACGGCAUCGGCCAUACGAACACGGCUCUGCAUCCCUGGCGCCUGUUGUUCCUCGUCUUGGGCGGGUUUUCCAUCCUUUGGGCCAUCGUCAUCUUCAUUUUUCUGCCCAGCUCACCCGUCGAUUGUUGGUAUCUCAGCGAGCGGGAGAAGUAUGUGUGCCUCUACCGCGUGAGGGAGAACAACACCGGAGUGGAGGAUAAGAAGGUGAAAUGGUACCAGGUCCGUGAAUGCUUGACGGAUCCCAAGACCUGGCUACUGGCCAUAUUUGCCAUUGCGCAGAACAUCCCGAACUCGGGCAUUGUUACUUUUGCGGCGAUUAUCGUGCGGGGGAUGGGCUAUUCGCCCAUCAAGACGGUGGUCAUCGGGAUUCCCACAGGCAUCAUUGCCACAGUCUGGCAGAUUCUUCUGUCAAUCAUUCAGUCCUAUCUGCCCAACACCCGAUGCGCUUUUAUUGCCGGGGGAGAUAUGGUCACUCUGGCAUCCGCCAUCAUGUUAUGGAAGUUCGACCGUGACAACCGGAGUGGACUCCUAGCUGCUUACUACUUAUUCUACACGUAUUGGGCGCCGUACGUGCUGGCAACCUCCCUGCCCAUGGCAAAUACGUCCGGUCACUCCAAGAAACUCGCCAUGAAUGCUGUCUUCUUUAUCUCCUAUUGUGUGGGGUGCAUCUUGGGACCACAGACCUUCCGCUCGAACGAUGCGCCCACAUAUUCUCGUGGAUUUGAAGGCCAGAUGGCGUGCUUUGUCGUGGCAAUUGCCGCCAUCUCCGCGUAUGGGUUCCUGUGCUAUUUGGAAAACAAGAAGAGGGACCGUCAAGAGCCAGGUACGGCGGUCUUGGACUCAAAUUUGACCCAAACCUCGUUUUCUGAUCUCACAGACUUCGAGAAGAAGGAAUUCCGGUAUACCUAUUGA